AUGAGGAUGUCUGGAUGUGAUAGAGGUCAUGGUAGGCCAAGCAGAGGUAGUCAGGAUAUGCUGGCUCAGCAAGAUUUACCUUUCCAAGAAGAAGAGGUAGGGCAAAAUGAUGUGGCCGUUCCUCUGGCCCAAGAUGCAAUAGGGGCAUUAGCCCCAGAGAAGGUAGGGGCUCUUCGUGAGUCCAUGGAAAUACUCCAAGCCAAGCAAGCGGCAAUGACAAUUGAGGGGGAAACUCAAGUCUCUUUCUUGAAGAAGAAAUUUUUCCGUUCUAACCCCGCCGAGUUCAGUGGUGGACCUGAUUCAAUAAAAGUGGAUGAAUGGCUAAAACAGAUUAUUAGGUCAUUUGUGAUCCUAGAUAUCCGUGAUAGAGAACUUCGGGUGGUGCUGGCAGCUUAUCAGUUAAAAGGGGAGGGUGGUCAAUGGUGGAAGUUCGUUAAACAUAGAGUAGAGCAUACUUGGGAGGCCUUCACCCACACCUUCCAAGAGAAGUUCUUACCUCCCAGGUCUAGGGAGAGGUUAAGAAAACAAUUUGAGGAGCUAAGGCAGUUGGACACCCCAGUGGCGGAAUUUGGGGCCACUUUUACUAGGCUGGCACGUUUUGCGCCCUAG